AUGGAUCCCCAAUUUCCACCAUCGGCAUCUCAGCCUCUAUGCCGCUCCUACUCAUCGCAGCGAGAGAUGAUGCGCCGAGCCUCCCUUCGCCAGGCUCUUCAGCAGCCGGCGCCUAUCAGCGAAGCACGCGCGAUACCUCUCGACCCAGAGGCUCAAGCGUUGCUUGGCAUAAACCCCUGGCCCAGUGGCCGCACCUGGACACCGGCCACUGAAACGCCAGACUUCUUGAAUGAAAACAACCAAGACGAAGCUCAGGCGGCGUUUGGGGAAGAAUACAGCAAUCUAGCAGAAGGGAAUGGAUUACCAUUACUUGUCGUUGGCGACACUGUCCUUAUUCAUCUGGAAAUCCCAGAACCUCAGCAGCCUGGGUUGCUCCAUCGAAUCUUUUCAGGAUCAAGUAGGCCGGAUACAGCAUCACGAGGUUUGAACAGGCGGAGCAUCGCAGACUUGGCGUAUGACCGUCGUUACAAGCCCGAUGUAUACACGCCGAUUGAUCUUGCAUCAUUGGAACUACUGACUAGCAAAAGCCUGCUGCGUCUGCAUCCAGAUUACGCUCCAUUUCCCUUGGCCAUACCAAUGUGCUUGCGUGCCUGUGCACAAGCCAUUGCUGAGAAGGCCAAUACCCGGGGCAUCUUUCGAGUUUCUGGCUCUGAAAGGGUCGUCGAAGAAUUCUCGCGGUACUACGAUCCUCAUUCAACUCACCAAGCGACUGUGCUUGGGACAGUCCGCGCAAAUACCUUGCCGGCCCACAUUACGCACACAAUCCACGAUGUGGCUUCUACGUUCAAGCGCUUCCUAUCCCGCCUGCCGGGAGGCGUCUUGGCAUCUCCAACGCUGUUUAAUGCCUUUGUCGCAAUCCAUGAGAAGCUGGAUGGGCCGUCUGAGCUUCCGAGUGCAUACCGCACCUGGCUUCGUGCACGACUCGUAGCACUCGCUAUUGAUUCCAUCAAGUCAAAGUCUAUCCGCCAUGUGAUUUGCGCCGUCUUUGGCUUGCUAAACAUGAUUGGACGAAUUACUGAAUUGUCGCCAGAAGAGAGUGUUGAUGGCCGACCUCUUCAUCCAGACCAGCAGUUCUUGGAUUAUAAAGGUCUUGGAGUUUGUAUUGGCCCGCUGCUAACCAAUGAUCCUCCGUUGAAACCGGUCCAACCAACCUCCGGACGGCUUCCCUUGUCAUGGUCUUCAAAGCUGCUUCGUCGGCGAACGCAGAUGGCAAUCGACGACGACAAAGCUAGAGAUGCCGAAGCUAGAGAGGCAAUUGUGAAGCGUGCCAUGGUUGCAGCUGCUGUUGCUGAGAUGCUUAUUACUCAUUGGCGAGACGUGGUUCAUCAAUUAAAGGACUUGAACAGACAGGCUCGGCAUGGUGCGGCGACCCUACAUCUCGAGUAUAGCGAGAUGCCUCCACUGAGUUCAGAUCCAGACAUAGGAAAUCCUCUUGUGGACUCGGAUGUUUCUCCUGAGGUAGAUUCUGUUGACAGUCAGGAGACUCUGUUCCUUGCAACACCGGCCGCGGGCAAUGGUCAGCGAGCUGCCAGGGGUGGCCUGAAGACUACGUCGCUUUCCCGCCAAUUGACUCGCUCAGGCGCCAUUCGACGACAAUCGGGUAGAACCUCUCGGACGAGUUCACGCAGCUUUACAGAGACUACUGAGCCACCGGCUGGAGAUGCCUCCGAUGGCUUGACUCAGAGUGUGUCUAUGGAUGCUAUCCCUGCGCGGGGAUCUUCUCGGUACACCGUUCAUUUUGGGGUCUCUGAAAUGCCACCGGCGGAUGAAACUGAGUCGACAAAAAUAGGGAGCAAUCAAAGACCACUUGCGGAUAAGUCCCUGAUAAUCGUACGUGAGAGGCUUGUUGAAGAGCCCGAUCGCGAGAUUAUUAGACCUCCUUUGCCAGCCAGGUUGCGCGGAAAAGGGAAGGCGAUUAAGGAUUCGCUUCUGACUCACGCCUCGGAGAUGUUUGACUGUGGCAUACAGCAACCCAGAAACUCUUUUGAUGGAUCGUCAACUUUGCCGUUGCAGCGUCACGCUACUAUCACCCGUCCAUACAGUCCUUUUCCACCGCGUUUUCCAAAUGGUGAAACAGCCGCUGACGACGAUCUGUCAAUUACUGACAUGCAGCCUCGGUAUCUGAUAGAUUUCGCCAGAAACAGAGUUCCCAUUGUCUUUGAACAAGAGAACAAUGAGGCUGGAGCAUCGAAGUCAACCUCUAGGGGUACGGCGCCCACGGAUGGUGCCGCCUACGUGGAAAGGCAUGAGCACGUUGAGCCAGCGUCCUUUUUUUUACAGAACAGGCCUCAAAAGACUUUACGUCCGGAUAAGGUUUUGCAAAGCCACUCCGAUAUCAAGGAUGAGGUAGAAGCAAAGUACGGCUCAUAUCCAACUACGUGGACAAUAGCUCUUCAGACGGAGGAUGCGGAGCACUUAUCUGGCAGCAACAGCAGCAAACAGGGAGGUACAUUCAUAGACGUGUCUGAGAAAGGCACGCAAACUAAUAUGAUGGAGGAUGAAUCAACAUCACUGUCGGUAUCAGCGCCUACGCAAGAUGGCUACAUGGACCACUCAGCCGUCACGGAGAGCGAACUGGUUUCACGUCCAGACGGCUCUAGUACCAAGGCAGAGAAUGGCUCUAUGACGGGGGAUGAGAAGGAGUCCGCAAGGAUGAUACUGCUCGAGGCGGAAAUACAACAGUUGAAAGAGUCCGACAUACCCGCUUUGCAUCAACAGCUGCGAGACGCAAGCGGGAACUUGAAUAAGUGGAAAGAAAGAGCCCUGGCUGCAGAGAGAAGGGCAAGGUUGUUUCAAAAAUUUACGACGCGGGUCAGACAUCUGUAUGGCUCUCUCUUAACUGAAUCCUCUCGUCAAAGCGGAGACGACGAGUUGGCAGUCAAAGAAGAGAGCGACGCACAAGGAUCCUAUCUAAUUCAUGGCGUUCGGUUUGAGAGGGCCCUAGAGGCUAUUGAGAGAGGAACUCAGGCCACCGGGGACCACGAGAGCACAGAUUUGGGAGAUGGAGAUGCCAUUGCGGUGAAGAUAUUUCAGAGUCUGUAUCCCCGGAUGCAUGCAAGAAACGGGUCCCCUGGUGGUUCGCCAUCUGGUGGUUCCAUGGCGACAGCCACUGGCGAUGCGCUGUUAUUACAACAGAGUAUGGAUGGCGUGGCGAGUCCCAGAGACGACGAGGAAACGCUGAAGCUUCGACUCGGGAUGGUGGAGCUGUGGAUGGUUGUGCAGGAGUUGCUGCAGAUGGAGGAGGAGGAGGCGUCUUCAACAUCGUCGUCUUCGUCUUCAUCUUCGUCAUUGGCGUUUCAACAGUCGAGCGAUUUGACACAGAAUGAGCGUUCUUCAACAGAUGCUUUUUUUCUUUGA